CCAAAAAACAAAAAGAGGAGCCGGAACCGCCGCGCCAUGGGGGGGGUGCAGCUCCUGCUCCUGGUGGCCCUGGUGGUGACCCCGGUGGUUUUGGGGGCCCGCGGGGACCCCCCCGUGGUGGGUCUGAGCCCCAUCUCGGGGGUCCCGCUGGUUUUGGGGACCCGCGGGGACCCCCCCGUGGCGGGUCUGAGCCCCCUCGCGGGGGUCCCGCUGGUUUUGGGGGGGGGGUCCGGGCGCCCCCCGUGCCGGCCCGUGAACGUGACGGUGGCGCUGGAGAAGGACGCGUGUCCCCAAUGCCGCGCGGUGACCGCCACCGCCUGCGGGGGCUUCUGCCGCACCCGGGAGCCGGUUUACCGCAGCCCCCUGGGCCCCCCCCGCCAGGCCGCCUGCACCUAUUCGGGGGUGCGCUACGAGCGAUGGAUUUUGGGGGGCUGCCCCCCCGGCACCGACCCCUCUGUCACCGUCCCGGUGGCCCUGGGGUGUCGCUGCGGCCGCUGCCCCAUGGCCGCCGCCGACUGCGCCGUGCUGGGGCUGGGACCCUCCUUCUGUGGGGCUCCGGGGGGUUUUGGGGGGUCCUGACACCCCAAAAUCCCGGGGAUGGGACCCCCCCCCCCC